UUUCACUAUUGCUGUAAACUGAUGUCCUUGCUUGAUCGUUGAUGUGUUAGCACUGAACUAAGAUUGCGUUACACUAUGGACAGUGUGGGGAAGGAGUGUCAAGAUUUAAAACGUAAAUAUGAUGAAUGUUUUAACAAGUGGUUUGCGGAAAAGUUCUUAAAAGGUGUAACCGAGGACCCAUGCACAAAGUUGUUUAACGUUUAUCAAGAGUGUGUUAAGGUUAGUCUGUUUAGCCAAGUUAGACUGUUACAUUAUUAAAUUAUUAGUAUUAGUAUUAGGCUAACAUUAACCAUUAACAAAUUUCAUUUUAUAUUAACUUCUUCUCCUCUUUUAUAUGUCGAGGCUGAGGGCCCACGAUCCCAAUCAGCCAUUGUCAGAAUCAAUAGUAUUGUUCAUUCUGGCUCUCAUUUUUGUAGAUAGUGAUAGUGGUUUCGUGACGUUUCUAAUUUCUAUGCAUAAUAAUUUUAAAUAAUAAUAAUAGUUUUGAAGUGGACACUUCACUAGUUGCAAGGGCUACUUAGCAAGCAAUGGUAAUAAUUAGAAACUGGGGGUUGGAAGGCAGGAGUAGGCAAAAUAUGCAAAUGUAUUUAUUUAUAUUUAUUUAUUUAGGCAUUUUUAUAUAGCGCUUAUCAUAAAGUCAUAAAGCUCUAAGCGCUUUACAAUUAUUAAAACAUGUGAACUAAGUAAAAUAAAAAUGAGACACUAGGAUAGUAACUACUAUUCUAUAGAAACAAUGAAAAUGGCUAUAAAACGAGGACACUUUGACACUUCAGGAUCAACCCGAAACAGAAAAUGAGGUAGGUUGAUCGUGGUAUCAAGGCAGAUGGUGGAGAGGUUGAUUGCGGUAUCAAAUGUAUCAAAUGUUGGCCUCAAAUUUUCUUUUGGAAGCUUGUUCCAGUCCCUGAUUGUCUUUGGCAGGAAUGUACUGUGUUCUUGCUGUUAUGAGCUGGAACUGCCUGUCAUGGCCUUGUCAAUUAACAAUGUCGAGGGGGGAGAGGGAGAGUUUCUGUUUAAUGCUGGAGCAGUGGAUCAGCCCAUUUUUUAUCUUUAUAACAAUCAUAAUAUAUAAUAAGAAUAAGUUCGUUAACAUUUAAGCAUUGCUCCACUAGUAAAUUUAAGUAAGUAACCCAAGCUUUCAAUGUAUUCAACAAAAUAAUAAAGAAAGCAGCUUGCAUGUUUCUUCGUAAGAUAAUCAAUAGGCCCCGGCCAAUGCAAACUUAUGCUCUAUGAUUCACUGUCACUUAUUUUUAUGGUUAGGCCUGUCUGUGGUUUAUGUAUCUUUAAAUUUAAUUAGUCUUUCUUGGUUAAUAAAUUCACAAAUACAAAGUUUUAAACUUUUGUCACAGUAGUGAUCACUGCACAAAUAGAUGUCAGGCUGAAAGUAACUGCUGUUAAGCUUGCCGUUCCUUGGGGGAGUUGGGGGGGUGUGUUGUAUUUACUGUGCUGUUGCAUGCAUGUGAGUACAAAAAGUAAACAAAGGUUCUGAUAACUUUGAAUGGGAAAAUCUGUUAAAAAAUCAUGUACUCUACCAUUAACCAUCAAAAACAUCCAUAAUUAUAAAAACAGGUACAAAGUAGGGAAAAAAGUAUCACUUGGCAUGCAUGCACUUGAUCUACUUUAAAAAAAGAGAAUUCAAAAUAUGGACAUUAAUUUCAUUGCCCUAAGGAUAGUUAUGAGUAAUAAAAGUUGUAUCUGCUGCAAUUGCAAUUAUCAUUGAAUGGACUAUUUAUUUUUAAAAAACAUUUCUAGUAACUUAAAGACAUAUUUUGUUUUUCUCUAUAGAAUGUUUGAAAAUAAAUUCAACUUUUCUUGAUAUCGAUUCACAGAAAGCAAUUAAGGAGAAAAAUCUCAACCUUGAUGCAAUAGAGGAGCAAGUACUAGGGACAUCUAAAGAGAAGCAACCACCUUCAAAGUGAUUCAGUUAAAGUUGGAGUCUUACUUGGUUUUUGUUAAUCUCUUUAACUUAUUUCUGAAAUUUGAUUUAGAUCUGUGUUCAAAAAAAAAAAAAUUCUUUAGUUUAUUUCAGUUUUGUCAAUGUGAGUUUUCAAGAAACUUUCAUAACGAUCAGGUUGUCAAAAUUAUUAAGCAUUGGGGAUCCAUAUAAACUAAAAAUAGAGAAGAAAAAAAAAAAGACCACCAAGUUAAUAUAUGCAACUGAAUUUAAUAUAAAUAGUAUUAAAAGAUAAAAUUCCCAUUUAAAAGAAAUAAGUAUUUAUUUUUUAAGGAGUUAUCAAGUAAUAUAUCAAUUUAUGUUAAAGAAAUUUUUGCUCUUACUCAUAAUAAUCAUGUGAAAUAUAUAUGGACCAAACUUGAGAACAGAUUGAUAACUGUACAAAAUAUUUCAUACCAUUACCAGUAAGGCAUAUAUAUUAAUGUAAUUCCUCUACACUCAUUUUCAUCUAAAAAUUUUGAUGUCAUACUUCCAUUAAUAAAUAACAUGCUGUGCUAAAUGUUGAAUAUCAUUAUGUAUAUAAAGAACACUCAUGCUUUUUUUAUUCUAUAUUGAACAUUGAAAAUAAAUUAGAAUUUGUUGAACUUGAACCAAUGAUAUUUACAUUUCUUGUCAAGUCUCAACUAGUAGUAUUAGCUAAAG